GGCGGCGGCGGCGACGGGGGAGGAGGCGGGGCGGGCCCGCGGGGCCGCUGGUGGCUCGCGGUGCUGGCGCUGCUGGCGGCGGCGCUGCCCGCGGCGCGGCCCCGCUCUCUCUACUCGCCCAGCGACCCGCUGGAGCUGCUAGGGGCCGACACGGCGGAGCGGCGGCUGCUGGGCUCCCCCAGCGCGUGGGCCGUCGAGUUCUUCGCCUCCUGGUGCGGGCACUGCAUCCACUUCGCCCCCACGUGGCGGGCCCUGGCCGAGGACGUCCGCGAGUGGAGACCGGCAGUGAUGCUCGCAGCUCUCGACUGUGCUGAUGAGGCCAACCAGCAGGUGUGCGCCGAGUUUGGGAUCACUGGCUUCCCCACGCUGAAGUUCUUCAGAGCUUUCUCCAAGAAAGCAGAGGAUGGGAUAAGGAUUGCUCACCCUGCUGCCACUGUUGCAGACCUGAGACGUGCCAUCAUCACCAACCUGGAGCAGAGUGGAGAUGCCUGGCCACCUGCAUGCCCUCCACUGGAGCCAGCGAGUGCUGAGGAGGUUCGCAGCUUCUUCCACAGGAACACGGAGCGGUACCUGGCGCUGAUCUUUGAGAAGAGCAAUUCCUUCGUGGGCAGAGAGGUAGCCUUGGACCUGCUGCAGUACGAAAACGUGGCGGUGAGGAGGGUGCUGAGCAGCGAGGAGGAGCUGGUGGAGAAGUUUGGGGUCACCACCUUCCCCUCUGCCUACCUGCUGCUCCGCAACGGCUCCUUCUUCCGCCUGCCCGUGCACGCUGAGGCACGCUCCUUCUACACCUAUUACCUGCGGACGCUCUCUGGUGUCACCCGUGGCUCCUACAGGCUGAAUGUCACCAGCAGUGCCAUCAAUGAGACCCGUGCGCUGCAGCCGGUGUGGGCUGACAGCUCCAAGUUGUAUGUGGCUGACCUGGAGUCUGCGAUGCACUACACACUGCGGGUGGAGGCCGGCCGACCAGCAGUGCUGGCAGGAGCCCAGCUGGCUGCUCUCAGGUGCUACGUGGCCACACUGGCCAAGUACUUCCCCGGGCGCCCCUCCGUGCAGACCUUCCUGCAGUCCCUGGACAGCUGGAUGCGGAACUGGACAGAGCCUGAGCUGCCCCGCAGUGCCUUGAAGGAGGCGGUGAAGAAUAAGGAGGAUGCCAUCCCUGCCGCCGUGCUCCCCACCAACGUCACCUGGGUGGGCUGCAGGGGCAGCGAGCCCCAUUUCCGUGGUUACCCCUGUGGGCUCUGGACCAUUUUCCAUCUGCUGACAGUUCAGGCUGCCCAGGGCGGCCCUGACCAAGAGCUGCCGCUGGAGGUGCUGAACACCAUGCGCUGCUAUGUCAAGCACUUCUUUGGCUGCCAGGAAUGUGCCCAGCACUUUGAGGCCAUGGCAGCCAAGUCCAUGGACCAGGUGAAGAGCCGGGAUGAGGCCGUUCUCUGGCUCUGGUCCCACCACAAUGAGGUCAAUGCACGCCUGGCAGGUGGUGACACAGAGGACCCCCAGUUCCCCAAACUGCAGUGGCCUCCGCCAGACAUGUGUCCUCAGUGCCACCGGGAGGAGCAGGGAGUGCAUAUGUGGGACGAGACGGCUGUGCUGAGCUUCCUCAAGAAGCACUUCUCCCCGGGCAACCUCCGCCUGGACCAUGCCAUCCCCAUCCCCAGGGCCGGGGAGGAGGUGGUGGCGAGUGCCAGGCUGGACACUGCAGGCCUCCGGGAAAAGGAAGAAGAGGAGAGGAAGGAAGAGGAGGAGGGAGAGAAGGAGACAGAGAAGCCCAACAGGGAGAGCGAGACGGGGCGGCCGGGCUCCUCGGAGCUGCGCCGUCCCAGCAUCGUGCGCAGGAACCCACGGCUGCAGGCGCUGGGGGAGGACAUCGUGGACCUGGACUCCUUCAGCGAGCAGCACUUCAAGAGCAAGGCGCUGCGGGCUGCCGGCCGGCACCGGCGGCUCAGCAAGAGGGACACCGUCGCCCUGCAUCACGACGUCGGCUGGGAGCGGCUGCAAGUGCCUGAGAGCCGUGAGGAAGAGGAGGAGGGGGGCUUACGGAGGAGCCCCUGGCUGCGGGUGCUGGGCUUGGGCUUCUCCCGCCUGGACGUCAGCCUCUGCAUCGCGCUCUACUUCCUCUCCUCCAUGUGCCUGCUGGGCAUGUACACCUUCUUCCGACUCCGCACCCGUGCACGGAAAGGCCGUCCUGGCUUCCCUGUGGCGUGAGAGCAAAGUGGGACCCUUCCCCUCCUCCCCCCUCUGGCUGCAGGACCCCCCUCGGCCCUCACAGUGCCAAGGGCAGGAGUUUUGCUGCUGAUUUUUGUUGUUUUUUUUUUUUGUUUUUUUUUUUUUUUUGGGGGGGGGGUGGGGGGCGGCUUGUUCCUUUGUGUGCCACAUUCCUGGGGCUGCGAUGCUGAUGUUGGUUGGGGUCCCAGCCCCCCACUGCCCUCUGCAGGGACUGGGCUGGUUUGGGACAGGGCAGCCUGGUCCCGUGCUGGGGCAGCCUCCUGGUUCAGGAGGCUCCUGGGGCCAGGAGCGCGGCGUUGGUUCCCUCCCUGCUGUUCCCCCUUUGCCUGUGGGGGCACUGGGGGUGGGUUUCAGCAUUUUGUUCCCCUCCCCGUCUCAUUGCUCGCUCUCUGCUUGUCUUAGUGGAAUAAAUUAUUUUUUGCCGAUGGUGCUGUCCGCUUGUCCCUUA